CGUGACUGCCCCGGCCGGCCGCGGGUUUUUGCUGCCGGCUUGUUUCCUGCACCUUUAGGCCGGUGCGCGCGCCGCGCCCUCUCGGUGCAGUUUGGCCCGACCCCGCCCGAUCCGGGUAGGGGGCGGGCCAUGGGCGGGGAAGGGGACGGGACAGUUAAAGAGCAGCCCGCGCGGGGCCCGGCGCCUUGGACGGCGUGGCAGUGUCUGUUCGGCCGGUCAGUGGUGGAGGGCGCGCUGCGGACCUGGUGCGGUGGGCUGGACCCACGAGGAAGCUGAACCACCUAUCUCCAGAAAUGUCUUCGGAAAGAAAAGAGCAACAUGAUCUUUCACCAAGGGACUCAGCUGAAGGAAAUGACAGUCUUCCCUCUGGGGUCUCUCUGGAACCACAAAAGGAAUCAAGUGCUGACUUCAAGCAAGUUGAAUCCAGUGAUCAAUGCAGAUCUUAUCCUAGGAUCUAUUUGGAGCCUCAGGAGAAACCAGAUACUAACAUUAAGCAGUUUGUCAUCAAAAAGCUACGGAAGAGGUGCCAGUGUAACUCAACCAAAGCCAAAAAUAUGAUUUUUGGUUUCUUUCCUGUUUUGCAGUGGCUCCCAAAGUAUGAUCUAAAGAAAAACAUUUUAGGAGAUGUGAUGUCUGGUUUGAUUGUGGGUAUCUUAUUGGUUCCCCAGUCCAUUGCUUAUUCCCUCUUGGCUGGCCAAGAUCCUAUCUAUGGGCUAUACACAUCUUUUUUUGCCAGCAUCAUUUAUUUUCUGUUUGGAACUUCUCGUCACAUCUCUGUGGGCAUUUUUGGAAUACUGUGCCUUAUGAUUGGUGAGGUAGUUGACCGAGAACUACACAAAGCUGGCUAUGACACUGCCCAUGUUACUCCUCCUUUAGGAAUAGUUUCAAAUGGGAGCUCAUUAGUAAACUACACAUCAGAAGGGACAUGUGACAAAAGUUGCUAUGCAAUUAAAGUUGGAGCCACUGUAACGUUUAUGGCUGGAGUGUAUCAGGUAGUGAUGGGCUUCUUUCAAGUGGGCUUUGUUUCUGUCUACCUCUCAGAUGCCUUGCUGAGUGGAUUUGUCACCGGUGCCUCCUUCACUGUUCUCACAUCUCAGGCCAAGUAUCUUCUUGGGCUCAGCCUGCCACGGAGUCAUGGCGUGGGCUCACUCAUCACCACCUGGAUACAUAUCUUCCAAAACAUCCAUCGGACCAAUAUUUGUGACCUCAUCACCAGCCUUUUGUGCCUUUUGGUCCUUUUGCCAACCAAAGAACUCAAUGAGCACUUCAAAUCCAAACUCAAGGCACCAAUUCCUACUGAACUUAUUGUUGUUGUGGUAGCCACACUGGCCUCUCAUUUUGGAAAACUUGAGCAGAAUUACAAGUCCAGUGUUGCUGGACAUAUUCCCACUGGGUUUUUGCCACCCAAAGCACCAGACUGGACCCUAGUGCCAAGUGUGGCUGUGGAUGCAAUAGCUAUUUCUGUCAUUGGCUUCGCUACCACUGUGUCACUUUCUGAGAUGUUUGCCAAGAAACACGGCUACACAGUCAGGGCAAAUCAGGAGAUGUAUGCCAUUGGCUUCUGCAAUAUCAUCCCUUCCUUCUUCCACUGUAUUACUACCAGUGCAGCUCUUGCAAAGACACUGGUUAAAGAAUCAACAGGCUGUCAAACUCAGGUUUCUUCUGUGAUUACAGCCCUGGUUCUUCUGUUGGUUCUUCUAGUAAUAGCUCCCUUAUUCUUUUCCCUACAGAAAUGUGUCCUCGGUGUGAUUACUAUUGUAAAUCUCCGGGGAGCUCUUUGUAAAUUUAGAGAUCUGCCCAGUAUGUGGAGAGUUAGCAGAAUGGAUACACUUAUCUGGUUUGUUACCAUGUUGUCCUCUGCUCUGAUAAGCACUGAAAUAGGCCUGCUUAUUGGGGUUGGUUUUUCUAUGUUUUGUGUUAUCCUCCGAACUCAGAAGCCAGCAGUUUCAUUGCUUGGCUUGGUGGAAGAGUCUGAAAUUUUUGAAUCCCUAUCUACUUACAAGAACCUUCAGACCAAGCCAGGCAUCAAGGUUGUCCGUUUUGUAGCCCCUCUCUACUACAUAAACAAAGAAUGCUUUAAAUCUGCUUUAUAUAAAAAUACUCUAAACCCAGUUUUGGUAAAGGCAGCUCAGAAGAAGUUAGCCAAGAGAAAGCUCAAAGAGCAAAGAGUGACUCUCAGCGGAGUCCAGGAUGAUGCUUCACUGCAGCUUUCCCAUAAUCCUUUGGAGCUGCAUACUGUAGUGAUUGACUGCAGUGCAAUACAAUUUUUAGAUACAGCAGGGAUCCAUACACUGAAAGAAGUUCGCAGAGAUUUUGAAGCCAUUGGGAUUCAGGUUCUGCUCGCUCAGUGCAAUCCAUCUGUGAGGGAUUCCCUGAUCAGAGGACAGUAUUGCACAGAGGAAGAACAAAACCUUCUUUUCUAUAGCGUGUAUGAAGCGGUGGGUUUCGCAGUAGAAUCUCAGAACCAGAAAGGAACAUGUGUUCUCAAUGGUCUGAGUGUUUCCAGUUGAUUGAGAAAGCAGAUGAAAAGAGGAAUGUCUCAUCAACAGGUUAAAAUUUCAAACAUGCAGUAUUUUUCUUCCUUGGAAGAUUAUUGCCUUUUCAUAUACGCAAAUGCAGCAAAGCUUAUAAUAGGGCAGAAUUAAAAAAGAAAAUGCGGUUUCAAGCUUUCAUGCAUCUGUGAAGUAUUCUUGGGAUGUUUUAACUAGUGAAUUGAGUUGUAGCCCCCAAACUUGAUUACCACCUUGAUUUAGGGCCUACAUUUGGACUUUUCCGCCUCCAAGAGGUAAAGGAGUGAAGUUGGGAUUUGCUUUUGCCUGCCUGGAAAGGGAGGAAAAGUAGGCGGAGAAUGUAUUGCACUUGGUGUCUCUGGCGUCAGCAGGUUGAGAGGCUUCUAGAACGUGAAGUCCUAACUAGACACGUUAGUUGUGUGUUCCUCUCUUCCCAGUCCGUGCUCCCCAGACAGCGGCAGCAGGGCUCUUGUCUUCUGAGUAGGGAAUCACUCCAUUCCUCUUCUCCUUACAGCGGGGAACAUGGACACAGUCUGCUGGCUGGCAGGUGGGUGACACUUGUAUCACAGCCAGCCUGACAUUAAAAACACCAUUUCUGAAGUGAAUGUUUCAGUUACAACUUUUUUUUAAGGCAAGUAAUCAGAAAAUCCAAUAGCAGUCCUCUCUCUUUUCGUGAUCGCUGUUUGUUCUUGUUUCUGAGACAAACACCACCACCAUGGUGACCUGUUUUAGCUGUCAGUUAUCCUACUGUGUUUCCCCAUGGAAUCUGCCCUAAGCUGGCAUUUCUGCUGUCAGUGACAGUUACCAAAGCAGAAUGCUGACUCAGUAAUUUUGAACGGCCCUUUCAGUAGGCGUGAGGCAAAUUAUCAAGGACACGCUGUAAAGAAGAAGUGGUUUCCUGUAAGAAUUAGCUUACUAGGCAGUAAGUUGUGUGCACUCCAACCUCUGCCACUUCCCAUGGUAUUUUAAUAAGGGUCUUUGACAACUGAUAGGCUUUCUCAUAUAGAAGCUGCUCUUCAUGGGAAAAAAUGCACAAAAGUCAUAAAGUACUUCCAAAAAGACAUCAGCAAUUUUUAGGUGUCUUAGUGAAAACAGUGCCGAUACAUAAAGCCGUGCACCCUAUUGAUGGCAGUAAAGGAUGAUAAGCUUUGAACUCUUCAUGUUGCCUAAAGCUGUUACUAAGAAGACUUAAAUGCAUCACAGUCCUAAAAUCCGAGUUCUAGGGUGUAUUUAUGGUAGUUGGCAACUGGUUGUUUCUUUGGAAAAACAAGAAUAUCAGACCUGGAAAGCUUAGAGUUCUGUACGUGGACUUUGGCAGGCAAAAAAACAAAACAAAGUUCUCCGAAGAAUAAAGGACUAAUUUAUUAAAGAGUAAAACAUCUAGCCAAGUAUGUUAAAACAAACAAAAUAAUGAUUGCCAAAGUACAAACUCAUUUUUAAAGCCUGAUUAUGAAUAUAAUGACCCCCAUAAACUGCCAGUGUUGCUUUUCUAUUGGUAGAUCUCUCCCAUUUGCUUACAUGGAAAAUACCUAUCUGUUAUUCCAACAAAACUUUCUGGAUUUCUAUCUUCUAGAUAAUUGAUGUUAUGAUUAUAUGCAGUAUUGUCCUGAAUGCUAAUAUCGUUUUACUAUUUAGGCCUGAAAUUUUAGAAUUUCAAAAAUACCAAUGCUGCUUGUAUUUGUGCUUUUUAGUUUGUUUCUGUUUGCCAUUUUUGUUGAGUCUUAAGAUUAUUAGUUAUAAAACCACAGUAUCUUGGGUUUUUUUGGAGGUGGGUUUUGGUACUGAGGAUCAAACUCAUGACCUCGCGCUUACCUGGCAGGCACUUUUGCCACUGAGCUAAAUCCCCAGCCACAACAUCUUGAUUUUCAUUCCUUUCUUGUUCCCCAAGCCAGGUUUGAGUUGAGACUACUGUAGAUAUUAAUAACUGACAGUAGUAAGUAUUAUUUAAGACAGUGCUACAGUUUCUCCAACAUCAUCACCAUAGCAAAAGAAUUUCAGGCCAGUCAGUAUUUGGAAAAUUUCUUGGAUGGAUAACCAGAGUUACCCUUUACCUGAUACAGUGUAGCUAUCCUACUCAAAUGAGAUUCUGCUUUUAGUAGACAUUUGUAAAAACUUUUUUUGUUGUGUUUUGAGACAAGGUCUCUUGUAUGUAGUUCAGGCUGGCCUUGAACUUGCAGAAUCCUUGUACUUUAGCCUCCCAAGUGCUGGGCUUAUAGGCACAUACCACCACACCCAGCUUGUAAAAACAUUUUAAAGUUUCAUUAGAAUUUACAUUUCAUCCUCUCUACUUGAAUUGCAUUCUGCCUCUAUUUGCACUUUACUUUUGGGGUGUAUAUUUGUCUGUGUGGUGCUGGGCGUUGAACCUAGUACUUUGCACAUGCUUGGAAGGCUCUCUCCCACUGAGCUACUCAGCCUUCGACAUAGGGCCCCACAGAGUUGCCCAGGCUGGCCUUAGCCUACCAAGUAGCUGGAAAUACAGUGCAUCUUUUGGUAUCUCAGGUAUAUGCCAUCACACUUAGCUUUUAAAAAUUUUUGACUGUUGAUUAUUUAAAGAAAUCAAACCUUUAAAAUCAGAUUUGAUGCCACCACCAAAAUCAAUGUUUUUGUUUGCUUUCUUGAUACUUUAAGUACCAUUUUGGUACAAGAACAUCUUGCUUGUUCUAAAGGUAAAAGUCUGAAUGAAGCAUUUUCUUACUGGUUAUUGAUAAAUAUACAGAAUUCAGAAUGUCUUAAAAUGGUUUUCAUUUAACUGAAAUGUAAAGUGUACUCUUGAUAGUUAAAGCACUCUUCCAAAUCUAUAUUUAAAUUCGUUACAACAGGAGGGGUAGAGCGAGCCAGUGCAGUUAGGUGUUUGCAAGGAAAACAGUAGAAGAGUGAAGAGAGAAUAGAUCAUAAAGACUGUGUCUGGCCCAUGAAAGGAGAAAAGGAAGGGAUCCAGAUAUUAGGAACCAAUUCCUGGCUCCACAGCAGAGAGAUCAAUAUUGGGAAGCAAAUCUCUGUGAGCACAUUUAUGUUUCUAGAAGACAAAGAGUCACAGUCUCACCAAAGCUGAAAGCUGAGAAGCACUUGGUCAGGUUGUAGCAAAAGCCAGGAUCUGCUGUGGACUGAGAUCUUCCCUAAAUUUCAGUUGAUCUUUUGUAAGGAAAAGAAGGUAUGAUUUAAGCAGUCUGACUUAGCUUUUAAAUAGCAACCAGUGAUGUCAAAAUUGGUUAUGAAAUUUACAGUGGUAAAUGGUGAAUUUUAAGAAUGUAUGGGGGUGUUAGGUGUAUUCAUUAGCAUAUUCUAAUGCUAAUGACUACACUUUAACAAGACCAAUAAAGCUCCAGGUGGUUCUCUUAGUGACUUGUCAUUUACGAGCACAUUGUCAAAAUCAGACCUGAUCUUAAUAUAAAAGUAAGAAAAGGGAUACAAUACAUUUCUUGGGAACUUAAAUUGAGUCUCUGAGUUGCACUAAUAAACUCAAGGUCUGUGACCCUUGUUUCCGUUACUAGAACUGUAGGUUCUUUGCAUCCACAUAAAUGUUACUUCUGGUAGUUCUGAGGACCCUUCUAGGAGUCGGGUACCAAAGGCGUAGUUUGCUGGGGCACUGAAGGAGGUGCUUUGUAGAGAGCAUUGAACCGAAGGCUGAGCAAGAGGCAGAGAUGCUCUGGUCAGCUUAGGGAAAGAAAGUCCCGCCAUAUAAUGAUAAAAAUCCAACAAUGGGAUUUAGAUUUUGUGUACCUUUUCUGUUAGCUUUCUCCUACUUAAAUUGUGACUUAUUCUAGUGAUGCCUUAUUUAAAAUGAAGCUUAGCAACUGUAAAAAGGAUGAAAUGAGAUCUAUUAGACUUUGAACUAAUUUACCUCCCCACCCUGUGUAUAAUGUUUUUAGGUAAUCAUGAAUCAAAUUUAGGUGCUCAUUAUAAAAAUUGUAAUGGAAUGGCACAAAUAAUAUACAGUACCGUCUGCUUUGUUAUAGCCUAUGUAUUAAAGUAUAAUAUUACGGAGAAUUUAAAUGUAGGAAUGAGGAAGUUUUAUUUUUAUAAAUAAGAUAAUUUUUAUCCUGACUUUUUAAAAAAAAAGUUUUUACUUAACAGCUGAAAUUUUAAGCAUGUUAAAUACAUUAAAGGCAUUAUACUAAAUUAAUUUUUAUUUUUUAACUUAGUAUAGAAUAGGAAGAAUGAUACUGAAUCCUGAAGACUAUGUAACAAAGGUCAAUGAAUACCUUUAUUAAAGAUGUGAUUUAUAUUAUGUCUGCCGGUCAGCCACCAAGUUUCUGUCUGAAGCUUUAUGUCUCUAAAAUAAGAUACUGGAAUCAAGUAGUUCUUGCUUUAAAGGGAGUGCCUUUAUGUGCCUUUAUCUUUUCCUUGCUUUAAAGGAAGUGCCUUGCUGUGAGUCAUAAAAUAUUGGACAAGGGUGAGUUGUUGAAGCAUUACCGUCUAUUGAAGGGAAGUUGUUGAACAAAUUUUUUUGGCCUGGAAAGGUAUGUUUGUUUUGCCAGUUAUAUAAGAGCUCGCAUAUCUGUUGAGAUCUUAUUAUCUCCUAAUAAAUUGUUACUCUAAUAAAA